AUGCCGCAAUCCUACCUUGAUCUCGUCCGACAUUUCCCUUACUAUGCAGACAGCCCCCAACUGUACCACGAGGCCAAAAAGCAGUUCUAUGAGUUCCGCGUCAGUGAUUGCGACCGGCUUCUCGGCCACAUUCCCGCCACCGUUAUACAGAAUGUCCAAUGGCCCGAUGGCUGGACCAUAGACCACGUCAACAAGACCGCCACUUUGGGGUCAGAAUACCCCGGAAUAGCCUCCGUGCGAUCUGAACUGCUGGCCCAGACUAUGCACCAGAUGGCGGAAAUGGACGAUUUCUCCAUUCUCAAAGGCUGGCGAAACGAGACCUUCCCGGUCUACGGACCAAGGGGGGAGACGCUGCUGGAAAUAGAACGGUCGGGCAGCGCUCUCUUUGGUAUAGUCACCUAUGGGGUUCAGUUGACGUGCUACAUGGAAGACGAGCAUGGCCUUCGUAUCUGGAUCGGGAGACGGUCGAGGUCUAAGCAGACAUAUCCUGGUAUGCUCGAUAGUACGGCCGCCGGCGGACUCGGAACUGGUCGAUUACCCGGGCAUGCAGUCGUGCGAGAAGCAGUGGAGGAAGCCUCUUUGCCAGAGUCGGUGCUGGAAAAGGGCCUACGGGCUGCAGGGUAUCUGUCGUAUUAUUGUGUUCAAGGGCCUCAGUCCGGCGGCGCAGAUGGACUGCUGCAGCCCGAGGUGGAAUAUGUCUAUGAGUUGAAGCUCGAUGCCAAUACAAUCCCAGAGCCUGGAGAUUCAGAGGUGGAAGAGUUUCACCUAUGGACCGUUGACGAGGUUGGAAAGGCGCUGAAAAGAGGGGAAUUUAAACCUAAUAGCGCGAUUGUCUUAGUGGACUUUUUCAUUCGACAUGGCAUUCUGACCCCGGAGAACGAUCCGGACUUUCUGGAAAUCGUGCAAGAGCAUGCCCAGCAUCUGGAGGAGCGUCUUCGCCUAGUCGAGGUGGAGCUACGUGGCCGCAAAAGUGUCGGAGCGGCGCCGGACCCUCGCCCUCAAGCAGAAUCUCACGCGGACACAGUCGCGGUGUAUAAGGGAUCUUCUUCCUUUGCAAACCAAUCUAUUCAAGCAACCGAAGCGUUCCAGGGAACAAACUACUCGGACGGCACAGUCGACGGGUCAAACUUUGAUGCGUCCUUCCGUCAUCUCCAGGACCUUCUCCGACCAUCCACUACCUUUAAUGACUACCGGUUCUCUCGCAAAUGUCGGCCCCCAACCGGCAGGGCAGAUGACAUUGCUUCCAGUCAAGCUCAUCGUGGCUAUCUUGCGAAAGAUUAA